AGGUCGGUGUGCUAACCUCCUCUCUCCAGCCGCUCUAGUGAGCUGUGCUCCAGCGUUUGUGGGGGUCAGUGAAGGGUAGACUGACAUCACCCCGCUUUCCCCUUUUUGGAAAAAUGUCUUGAUAUUUGCUGUGACAGGGGCAGCCUGGAACUAGCCUUUCCCACACCUUUGGCAGGAUCGCCUGUCAGUGUCUCCCACACACUUUGUCCUGGCAAAACCCGCUGCUCAGAGAGCAGGUGGUUUAACUCUGAACUUGCCCACCCAGUUUGCCUAUUAAGGGGUCCUUUCAUGCUCUUUCCCACUAAUGCUCAGCUAGGGAGCCUACUUGGAGAGGGGGCAGAAGGAAGGAGACAGGCAGGGGUCCCUGCCACCAUCCAGAGUUCCUCAGACCCUGGCACAAAGGCCUUGGCUCUGGGCCUCCAUGUGGGGAGGAGGGGCAGGAGUGCCUGGCCACAGUAUGACCUUCAGAGGCCCCCAGAGAAGGGCACCUGGCCAGUCCCUGCCUAGAACCUCCCCAUCUGGGAGGGGGUUCAAAGUUUCUUUUCCUUUCUCCAUUGGGGCCGAGAUAGAGGACCGAGGGAGAAUGUCACGAGGCUGUUGAGCUUGGUAGUUGAGGGCCUGAGGAGCAGAAUCCAGGGCCUGCCUGAGUGGUCCCAGGCUGCACCCACGACAGAAGGAGAGCAGAAAGCCCACGAAGUGGUGAAGUUCAUGGACGUGUACAAGCGCAGCUACUGCCGUCCGAUCGAGACCCUGGUGGACAUCUUCCAGGAGUACCCUGAUGAGAUAGAGUAUAUCUUCAAGCCGUCCUGUGUGCCCCUAAUGAGGUGUGGGGGCUGCUGUAACGACGAGGCUCUGGAGUGUGUGCCCACCUCGGAGAGCAACAUCACCAUGCAGAUCAUGCGGAUCAAACCUCACCAAAGCCAGCACAUAGGAGAGAUGAGCUUCCUACAGCACAGUAGAUGUGAAUGCAGACCAAAGAAAGACAGAACAAAGCCAGAAAAAAAAUCAGUUCGAGGAAGGGGAAAGGGUCAAAAACGAAAGCGCAAGAAAUCCCGGUUUAAAUCCUGGAGCGUUCACUGUGAGCCUUGCUCAGAGCGGAGAAAGCAUUUGUUUGUCCAAGAUCCGCAGACGUGUAAAUGUUCCUGCAAAAACACAGACUCGCGUUGCAAGGCGAGGCAGCUUGAGUUAAACGAACGUACUUGCAGAUGUGACAAGCCAAGGCGGUGAGCCAGGCUGCAGGAAGGAGCCUCCCUCAGGGUUUCGGGAACCAGACCUCUCACCAGAAAGACCGACUAACCAUGUCACCACCACACCAUCAUCGUCACCAUUGACAGAACAGUCCUUAAUCCAGAAAGCCUGACGUGAAGGAAGAGGAGACUCUUCGAGGAGCACUUUGGGUCCGGAGGGCGAGACUCCGGCAGAAGCAUUCCCGGGCAGGUGACCAAGCACGGUCCCUUGUGGAACUGGAUUCGACAUUUUCUUUUACUUGCUGCUAAAUCACCAAGCCCGGAAGAUUAGGGAGUUUAUUUCUGGGAUUCCUGUAGACACACCCACCCACAUACACACACAUAUAUAUAUAUUAUAUAUAUAAAUAAAUAUAUAUGUUUUUAUAUAUAUAAAAUAUAUAUAUAUUCUUUUUUUAAAUUAACUUUGCUAAUGUUAUUGGUGUCUUCACUGGAUGUGUCUGACUGCUGUGGACUUGAGUUGGGAGGUGAAUGUCCCUGCUCGGAUCCUGAGAGGGGAGACAGUGGGAUGAAAGACUCCGGUGUGGUCUUUCGUCUUUUUGCCUGCCAGGGAACGUGCGAGGCCAGGGCACGGGGGGCACACUGGCUCACUUCCAGAAACACGACAAACCCAUCCCUGGCCCCGAGUCAAGAGGACAGAAAGAUGGCAGAAAAAGAGACAAAGACGCUGGUCCCAACAGGAGUCGGGAGCCUCGGGACAUGGCCUGCUUCGUGGAUCCCGCUACACGCCGCCCUCUGGGCACCGCCUGGAAGAAUCAGGAGCCUGGCCAGCCUGCAGCCCACUCCUCCGCUUCCGAGGUGCCCAGGAGGCCCCCCACAGAGGCUCCUCCUCCUGGGAACCCUUCUCUCCCUACCCCACUUCCUGGGUACAGCCCAGGGGAACCUCGUGUGCUCAGACCAUUGAAACCACUAGUUCUGUUCCCCAGGAGACUUGGCCGUGUGUGCGUGGCUGACCCUCCCCCACCCCACCCCUUCCUGAGGCACAGAGCAGUGGGGCAGGACCCGCAAGCCCUCACGGAGGCAGAGAAAAGAGAAAGUGUUUUAUAUACGGUACUUAUUUAAUAGUCCUUUUUAAUUAGAAAUUAAAAACAGUUAAUUUAAUUAAAGAGUAGGGUUUUUUUUUUCAGUAUUCUUGGUUAAUAUUUAAUUUCAACUAUUUAUGAGAUGUAUCUCUCGCUCUCUUUAUUUGUACUUUGUGUGUGUGUGUGUGUGUGUGUGUGUGUGUGUGUGUGUGUGUAUGAAAUCUGUGUUUCCAAUCUCUCUCUCCCGGAUUGGUGACAGUCACUAGCUUGUCCUGAGAAGAGAUUUAAUUUUGCUAACACUCAGCUCUGCCCUUCCCUGGUCCCCUCCACACAUUCCUUUGAAAUAAGGUUUCAAUAUACAUUUACAUACUAUAUAUAUAUUUGGUAACUUGUGUUUGUAUAUAAAUAUAUAUAUAUAUAUGUUUAUGUAUAUAUGUGAUUCUGAUAAAAUAGACAUUGCUAUUCUGUUUUUUAUAUGUAAAAACAAAACAAGAAAAAAUAGAGAAUUCUACAUACUAAAUCUCUCUCCUUUUUUAAUUUUAAUAUUUGUUAUCAUUUAUUUAUUGGUGCUACUGUUUAUCCGUAAUAAUUGUGGGGGAAAAAGAUAUUAACAUCACGUCUUUGUCUCUAGUGCAGUUUUCCGAGAUAUUCCGUAGUACAUAUUUAUUUUUAAACAGCAACAAAGAAAUACAGAUAUAUCUUAAAAAAAAAAAAGCAUUUUGUAUUAAAGAAUUGAAUUCUGAUCUCAAA